CUUUUGCUAAAAGAGCCCGAUAUCAACGUGUGAAGGGUUACAGCCAUUCGUCACGAUGUCGAUGGCGCACGAGUGGCGCCCAUGCACAUGGCAGGUAAAUGCCGAGUUGGAAGCAUGGAUGCAUUUGCAGCCGGCUGUCCAACUUUUGUUUGUCUCACAGCUGGCACGGCAGCUUGCUAAGCAGCUGGAUUGCGAAAGGGGCUGCUGCCAGCCUCCAGUUUUUGAGGUGUUCAAUGCCUGGAGCAAUAUUUGAAAAAGACCUUUUGCAAGUGGCUUCCACAGAGGAGGAGUCCGAGAAGGACACGAGGCGACUCUCAGUUGGUACGACGGCUACGGGGGUGCCCGAAGAGGAUGAUGUGCUUCAGGAGCUUGAUGAGUCUGACGAGGGGGAGGAUAUCAAAAACGUUGAUGAUCAUUCGGACGGAGAUGGUGUUGCCCAGGCAUCCGCGCAGCAAGGAUUGCUCAAUGCUGAGUCUGAGGAUGAUUUAGAGGCACCAGAAGUGCUCAAGACUGAGUCCGAGGAUAAUCUGGAGGAAUCUGAAGGUGGACAUGAAAACUUUGCCGGCAGUGACGCUGGAUGGUAG